AUGUGUGCCUGCUCAAGAAAUCAUUAUACGGUCUCAAACAAUCACCAAGGGCGUGGUUUCACCGCUUUUCUCAAUAUGCUACCAAAAUUGGUUUCAAGAACAGCAAAAGUGAUGCUUCUGUAUUCGUCUAUCGUCAAGGCAAUGAACUUGCCUACCUUCUCUUAUACGUCGAUGACAUCAUCCUCACCGCUUCACUAUUUCCCUGGCAUGGUGGUUCGCAGGGACACUAAGGGACUGUUUCUCAGCCAACACAAUUAUGUUGCGGAUAUUCUUCAUCGUGCAAAUAUGUCCAACUGUAAACGAGUCACGACUCCAGUUGACACUUCGGCCAAACUCCACGCUGCUGUCGGCCCUCCUGUCGCUGAUCCAUCACUAUACCGAAGUCUUGCCGGAGCUCUCCAAUAUCUCACCUUCACGAGGCCGGAUAUCGCUUAUGCUGUCCAACAAAUCUGCCUCUAUAUGCAUGACCCUCGUGAGCCUCACUUCACCGCCAUGAAACGCAUCCUCCGUUAUCUCAAAGGAACCAUCUCUGAAGGCUUACACAUCACCCGCUCAAACACAACAACGCUCACUGCUUACACCGAUGCGGAUUGGGCUGGCUGCCCCAAUACACGUCGGUCCACCUCCGGAUUUGCCGUCUUUCUUGGUAACAACCUCAUCUCCUAG